AUGGGUUCCGUGUUAGCUGCUUCAGAGUUCGAUCCAAAUGGGAACUACUACGUUUCUGCUGUUACUGCAUUAGAUACUCACAAGAUUAGAGUUCAAUCAACAAAUUCAAGUUCCACUUUAGCCAAUGCAUUUUCAUUAGACAAAGGUCAUAAAUUAACUAGUGUUUCUUGGGGGAACUAUGCCACUGCUGGUUCAUCAGCUGGUGCUAAACGUAAAAAAAGAAGACAAUCAAAUUCUUUUAGUAUAGAGAAUCAAUUUUUAGCUGUGGGUUUAAAUAAAGGUUCUAUUUUGAUAUAUUCUCCUUUAACUAAUGAAGUGAUAUCGAAAUUAGAAAAUCCAAAUGCUUCAGCUAUUAACGAUUUCCAUUAUUCUUCAAUCACACAAUCAGGUUGGUCUGUUGAUUUAGGUCAAGAUAUUGUGGAAUGGGAUUUAAUUACAUAUAAACCAAAAAGACAUUUCCAAUUCCAAGAUCAAAUUAAUCUUAUUAGAGUUAUAGAAUACCAAGGUAAACCACAUUUAUUAUUAGCUUCACAUACUAUUCAAUUAUUAGAUUUAGAAACCAAGGAAAUUAUUAAGACAUACCCUGGUCAUAUUUCACCAAUUCAUACUUUAUUAACCAAUAAUUCAGAUUUUUUCAUCACUGCAGCUGAAGGUGAUAGAUAUAUCAAUAUUUAUCCAUUAGAUGGUACACCAACCGUGUUAGUUACACAAAGUAGUAUAAUUUCAGUAUCAUAUGGUAAUAAUACUGUGAGUGCAGUAACUGAAGAUGGUAUAGUGGAAGUUUUCAAUAAUCCAUUAACACAAGAUCAACCUGUGAAAAACAAGAGAAGAGGUCAACAAUCAAAACAAUCAAAUGGUAAAAUUGAAUUGAAAAGAUCUACAACAGAUCAACAAUUAAAAAUUGAACAUUGUUAUAUAAAUGAAAAUUCCAUAAUUAUAACAUGGUUAGAAGAUGCAAAUAUUCCAUAUUUUGAAACUAUCCCAUUACAAGAUAUAAAUGAAUUGAAAACAAUCAAAAAGGAUAAACCAGCUAUACAGGCCAAGGAUCAUACUUUAUUUGGUCAAGAUAUUGCUACUGCAAAGCAAUAUAAUGAAGCUAAUGCCAUUGUUACCACUGGUGAUAAUUUAAGAUUUUUAAACAAUAAAGAAACUCAAGAUCAAGAUCUUCCAGAAGAUGAUCAAGAAGAAGAUGGUCCAACAUUAGCUGAAAAAUUGGAAUCUUUAAAAGUUCAACAACCAAUUAAAAAGAAACAAGGUAGAGCUACUGCAGGUUCAUUAACUGUUGUUUUAACUCAAGCAUUAAAAGCAAAUGAUCAUGCUCUAUUAGAAACUGUUUUAGCAAAUAAAGAUGAAACUGUUUUGAAAAAUACUGUUCAAAGAUUAGAUACAACCCUGGCUGUUAUUUUAUUAGAAAGAUUAGCUGAACGUAUUGCAAGACAAACACAUCGUCAAGGUCAAUUAAAUAUUUGGGUUAAAUGGGUUAUGGCAAUUCAUGGAGGUUAUUUAAUUAAUAUUCCAAAUUUAACAAAAUCUUUAAGUUCAUUACAUUCAACUUUAAUUAAAAGAUCUUCAACAUUACCAAGAUUAUUAGAAUUACAAGGUAGAUUAGAUGUUUUAUAUUCACAACAAGAAUUAAAACAAUUAACUCAAGAUCAAAUUGAUGAUGAAUUCCAUGAUGAUGAUGAUGAAUCAGAUGUUGAAUAUGUUGAAGAAUUAGAAGAUGCUGGAUUAAUUGAUGAUGGUGAACAAGAUUUUUAUGAACAAGAUGAAGAUGGAUUCAUGAGUAUUGAUGAAUCAUCAGAUGAUGAAGAUGAAGAUGAAGAUGAACCAAAAGCUGAUAAAUUAAGUGAUGGUGAAUUAGAUGAUGAAGAAGGUUUUAGUGAUGUUGAAGUUAAUGGAGUUCAAAUUGAGAGUGAAAGUGAAAGUGAAGAUGAACAAAGUCAAUUAAAGGCAAGAAUUGCUAAAUUAAGAGCUAAACAACAAAAACGUAAAUAA